CAGCUGCGCGGCCCGGCGCGUGGGGCGAUGCUCCUCGACUGCCACCUUGGAGGCGCUGAGAGGGCUGGGGCCGCACUGGAGGUCACCGGCAGCGGCUGAACUGCUCGGGCCGUCCGCCCCUCCCCGGGGACCGGGAGGCAGCAUUUCUCCGGAGUUGCAACCCCUGCCUGGGGGGGAUGGGCGCAACCAGGCCUGAUGGACGAGAAGACCAAGAAAGCCGAGGAGAUGGCCCUGAGACUCGCCCGAGCAGUGGCAGGCGGGGAUGAACAGGUGGCUAGGGAGUGUGCCAUCUGGCUGGCAGAGCAACGGGUGCCUCUGACUGUGCAGCUGAAGCCCGAGGUCUACCCCACACAGGACAUCAGGCUGUGGGUGAGCGUGGAGGAUUCGCAGAUGCACACCGUCACCAUCUGGCUCACCGUGCGCCCGGACAUGACGGUGGCUUCCCUCAAGGACAUGGUAUUCCUGGAUUACGGCUUCCCACCAAGCCUGCAGCAGUGGGUGAUUGGGCAGCGCCUGGCCAGGGACCAGGAGACCCUGCACUCCCACGGGAUACAGCGGAAUGGGGACAGCGCAUACCUGUAUCUGCUGUCCGCCCGCAACACCUCACUCAACCCUCAGGAGCUGCAGCGGGAGCGGCAGCUGCGGAUGCUGGAAGAUCUGGGCUUCAAGGACCUCACGCUGCAGCCACGAGGUCUCCUGGAGACUGGUCCUCCAAAGCCCGGGGUCCCCCAGGAGCCAGGGUGGGGGCAGCCAGACGCUGCACCCGAGCCCCCUCCGGUGGGCUGGCAGUGCCCCGGGUGCACCUUCAUCAACAAGCCCACGCGGCCGGGCUGCGAGAUGUGCUGCCGGGCCCGGCCCGAGGCCUACCAGGUGCCGGCCUCAUACCAGCCCGAUGAGGAGGAGCGAGCUCGCCUGGCCGGCGAGGAGGAGGCGCUGCGCCAGUACCAGCAGCGGAAGCAGCAGCAGCAGGAGGGGAACUACCUGCAGCAUGUCCGGCUGGACCAGAGGAGCCUGGUGCUGAACACUGAGCCCGCCGAGUGCCCCGUGUGCUACUCGGUGCUGGGGCCCGGCGAGGCGGUGGUGCUGCGUGAGUGUCUGCACACCUUCUGCAGGGAGUGUCUGCAGGGCACCAUCCGCAACAGCCAGGAGGCAGAGGUCUCCUGCCCUUUCAUUGACACCAACUACUCAUGCUCUAGCAAGCUGCUGGAGAGAGAGAUCCGAGCGCUCCUCCCCCCUGAGGAUUACCAGCGGUUCCUGGACCUGGGCAUCUCCAUUGCUGAAAACCGCAGUGCCUUCAGCUACCACUGCAAGACCCCAGACUGCAAGGGCUGGUGCUUCUUUGAGGAUGACGUCAACGAGUUCCUCUGCCCCGUGUGUUCCCACAUUAACUGCCUGCUCUGCAAGGCCAUCCAUGAAAAGAUGAACUGUAAGGAGUACCAGGACGACCUGGCCCUGCGGGCCCAGAAUGAUGUGGCUGCCCGGCAGACGACGGAGAUGCUGAGGUCCAUGCUGCAGCAGGGCGAGGCCAUGCACUGCCCGCAGUGCCAGAUCGUGGUGCAGAAGAAGGACGGCUGUGACUGGAUCCGCUGCACUGUCUGCCACACGGAGAUCUGCUGGGUCACCAAGGGGCCCCGCUGGGGCCCAGGGGGUCCAGGAGACACCAGUGGGGGCUGCCGCUGCCGGGUGAACGGGAUUCCCUGCCACCCCAGCUGUCAGAACUGCCACUGAGCUGAUAGACGGCCCAGGUGACACAGCCCCACCUCCGCAAGCUGCUGUGGACGGGGCUGACUUCUGGCCUGCGGGCUGACUUCUGGCCUGCGGGCUGACUUCUGGCCUGCGAGUUGCCGUUGUGGUUGGCCAAGACGGGCCCCGUGAGGCCGAGCCCCUGCGCGGCACGGGAUGGGCGCCCUGCACCCGCUGCUGUUCCAGUGCCUUGGCCCUUCCCCUGGGACCUCCAGUCAGGCUUCUCAUCUCUUCUCUGCGGCUCCCGCCUCUGCGUGACUCAGCCUGACAUUCAGCCUGGGCCACAGGUCUUGCUGGAUGGGACCAGAGGGCCCCGAGUGAGUCCACACCCCCGCCCGCCGCUGCCUGCUGAGCGCUGAGUACUCACAGCCUGCCACUCCAUCAGUUUUCUGGGGGUGACUCUUCCGUCCUUUGCUCUCGGAGGCCUGGCCUCUUAGAAUUGCUGCUAAUUCUGUUCCGAGCCAGAGGGAGAAACCUGGUAGUUUUUAAAGCACAGCCCAUGAGGUCCAGCUUCUGUGUUUCCUUCUUUGCUGCCAGAGUAAGGUAAUUAAAUGGUUUUCCAGGAAGGGAUGUGUGUGGUGUCU